CAUUCCAUGUCCAAUCAACAAUUGAAUGUUGGACUGAAUGUCCAGUAAUUCAGAGCGUCAAUUAAAUACUGCUCUGUUUCUGCACGUGCGUUCUAAGUUGCAAUGCUUUCUGCUAGAGAUGCUUAUCGUUUGCAAACAUUGGCUAGGCGGGGAAAGGUUGAAAUCACAGAAGAAGGCAUUAAAUUACUUGAAAAGUUGACGAAAUCAUUGAAUUCUGCUAACACAACAAAUGGUGGAUGCCCCAUAGCUGAAAGUCCAGUGAAAGAAAACAUUUCAACGCCACAUAGUGGUAAAAGCAAUACAUCUAAGAAAAGGAAACGUGUAGCUGCUCCUUCUCCUGAGAGAGUUAAACAACCUAAUUGUGCGUUGAAAGAUAUUGUGCACUUUUAUCCGGCUUUAUCAUCGAGCAGUCGAACUUCAUCAAAGGGAACGAAGCACAAUUCUGAAGGAGACGAACAUUCUUCUCAAUCUGGUAUUAUCGCUGGCACUUCUUCGUCAGUGCAUAUUCCUCCCUUUCAUACUGAACAGCCGAUAACAUCUGUAAAACAACCCACCAGUGUCAGGUUUCUCGAUGCUUUUGAAUGUGGAGAGGAAUGGCUUCCUGGCUUGUUGAAACCAACGAACUUGAAGAACUUUAUCAGAGAGAAUUAUGGAAAAUCUCCAUUGCAUGUAAAACGAGGCGAUCGAUCCAAAUAUAAGAGUGAUAUUCGGUUAACGUCAUCUGAAUUGUUUGAAAUAGUGCUUAAGGAGCCACUCCUCUACGGUGAACACGUGGAUCUGCUUGACAGUGGAACACAAUCAUCACAAGAAACCAUGUACCCACGAGGAGAAAGAGCUGUCUCCGAAGUUGUAUUCAAUCAUUAUGCUGGAAAUGGUGGAAUACGCUUCAGUAAUCCCCAGACAUACGUACAGCGUAUCUUUCCUCUUUUGAAUACCUUACAAAAGAAUUUUGGUUGUCGCUGCUAUGCUACAGCUUACUUGUUUCCCCCAAAAUUCACUGGAUUCACCGUAAAUCGAUCGCAUGUGGACCUGUUCAUCCUACAACAACAAGGAAAACAAAAAGUGCAAGUUUCAAGGAGUACAGAAGGAGAGAUGGCAGGUGAAAAUAAAGAUAUUUUAACCUUUGCGAUGAAUCCUGGUGACUUACUUUACAUACCCAAAGGUUCUCAAUUCAGUAUGGCGCCUAAUUCCUCUAAACAUUCACUUCAUGUUUGUAUUAGCCUUGAUGAAAAGUAUACUUGGGCUGAUUAUUUAACUGAAUUAUUCCCAAUUAUGAUAAAAUCUGCUGCGGAAAAUGAUGCCGACUUUAAUCAGUCACUUCCAAUAAAGUGUUUCAAAGAUAUUGGUUCACUUUACACUAUGUCAGAUGGCAAUAGAGAGAUGGUUGAACGUGAACAGGAAUUUCGUCAGCGAACCGUUGAGCUAUUGAAACGCUUAGUGAAUAAAAUUGAAUGUCGGGAAAUAUUGACAGUCAGCACGUGUGAAAACAGGGAGUUUGGCAAUAAGAAUAACAACAGUCAAUCACGACAACAAAACUUUCAAGUGAAAACCACCUCCUUGCCUAACUGUGGUGAUUGACUAUUUUUAUCUUUGUAUUGUUUAAAUACUUACUGUUGUUUGUUAAUAUAUUUAUUAUUUUGAUUUGAAAAUAUAAUUCCGCCAAAUACAAAUUCCUAAAUUCA